GACUGAAGUCUUCUAGUUUUUUACUACACAUUAUGAAAGUUUAAGUUUUCUUUUUAAUUCGCGGUUUAUGGUUUUUGAAAUCAGUAAAUGCAGGUUUUAGAAUACGAAAAUUGUAGGGAACAUGACCGUAUUCGUUAGUGGGAACGCCACACUGUAUUGACUUAGAAGAUAUUGAGCAUGACGGAUAAAGAGAAUGGCGAACGGCAGACUGAAAUCAAGAACUCGAGCAAGAAAGUUGGGCUGUGUAUCAAACGGACGGCUGGUAUUGUGAAAAUCCUCGAGAAGGAAUGGGAAACUUUAGCUCCUGGAUUGAUUGCGGAACUGUUGAUCCACAGAAAGCUGCUCGUUAGAAUCCAACAUCAAUUUCGCUCGAGUAAACUGGUCCAAUUCUGUCAAAGAAUCCAGUCAUGUAGACGCCGAUUGUACAGCUUAAAAGCACUUAAUCUGCGAGAAAUUACCAAAGGCCGCACGUUUAACGACGGUAUGGCGGCGCUUAUCCAAAACUUAUCCGAUCUGUGUUCGCUGCUCUCGCAGCUGGUCUCUUACGCAGCAAUGUGCGCCACCGUCUCCACACAGUGUCUGGCACAGGAGCACUAUUUUUUCUUUGGGUCGGAUGUAUCCAUCCUGGCUGCUACAUCGCGCAUAUGGAUAAUGGCACAAGCUAUGCUGAAGAAAGUUCAGACUGGUCUCGCGGAUAUUCGGCAGUGUUUGCGGGAGUUCUCCUGUGUCCACAAAGUGAAGAAUGCCCAGUGCGUUGAAACAGCAUCGCCGGAAACUGGUUCGCGUUGGGAUAAAUCAACAGUGAAUAGUGGUGUGAUAGACAAAUGUUUGUCGAGGAGAAAAAGAAAAAUGAUGAAGAAUACUGUGCCGCCACAGAUGCAAUCUGUUGAUCGAUCUCUUUCGACGACAUCUCUAGGCGUUUUGAAACGGUUUGCUGUCGCGUGAAAGUUUCAGUGGAAAUGUUUUUGGUUUUAGCUAAUUCUGGUGUACGAGAUGUUAUGGAAAAGAUUUGAUUUGCUUUUUCGUUUUUAUAACUUAUUCGCGAUGUUACUCUGAGCUAAUUUAUUUCAGCCAUUUUUAUUGGAAUGAAAUUAAUGAAUGA